AUGACAUCAAAUCUAACUCAUAUACUUAGAUUCCGGCCUUUGAAGAGAGGCGAAGAUCGAGAAAAACUAAAAGAACGAUUAGCCAAUACAAUGACUUACGGGGACGUCGAACAAAAACCACCGUCACCACCGCGCUUGAUAAAACAAAAACCAAAAUUACCAACGAAAAAGGAACAAUGGAAUGAUUUACAUUCAAAUGGAUCACAUAUGUCACGGAACAAAAAGUCAACGCGCCCAGUCAGAAAGUCUAGACCUACAGAAGAAAAUGUGGCUGCCUAUGAAAAAUUAUCGCCAUUACAAUAUUCUCCACGUCGUCGAGUU